GUGUGUCAACUUGUUAUUGUCUGUGUUGAUCAGUGUCAUCUGAAACAAUAUGAGUAUAUAAGCGUCGAUGUAAUAGUUGGUUUGAUAUUUUAUUGUAGUCGAGAAAGAGAGUCACUAAUUCCUUCAUCCGACGUGUGGACAAUCGAACUGACAAUGAAAUAUAUCAAGAUGCUCAUCAUGAUGUUUAUAGUACACAUUGCAAUGAUUCAAAUCGUCCAGUCAGGUGGUGAUAUGGAAAAAACAGAUAACGGAAAUGGAAAAGUAGAUGUAGUAUUGGGGUCUAACGGUAUCAAUGUGAAAAAAGAUGGCGAAUCUAUUGUUACCAAAAUUAAGAAACCUGAUGGCAACGACAAACUUACUGGUAUCAAUGCGAAAAAAGAUGGAGAAUCUAUUGUUACCGAAAUUGAGAAACCUGAUGGCAACGACAAACUAUCUGGUAUCAGUGUGAAAAAAGAUGGAGAAUCUAUUGUUACCAAAGUUGAGAAACCUGGUGGCAACGACCAACUAUCUGGUUAAAAUGUGCAUUCUGACACAUGAAAAGCAAUUUCAGGACAUCAACAUGCGGUGAUAUAGUGAUGAUUUCUCUUCCAUUUGGUUUACAACUUUGUUUUUAAUAAUUAGUUAAUAAAGAUAUUUGCAACAGAA